AUCAUCCAACCGCGUUGGUUGUACUGACGAAUUCAGCUUUUACAUUUCUGGUUCUUGGAGAAGCAUUUUCAUGGCUUCUCUUGUGGCGCAUGCGUACUACAGUGUCAUUGGACCCUGUAGUUUGUACAAUCACAGAGACAAGAAGGAUAAAACGUUGGAUUUACGUGGUCAUUUUAUGAAUGAUAGAGAGAGUUUGUUAUUCGUCUCUUGUGUUAACGAAGCAAUCCACAUACGCUCAAUACGAUGCAGAAAGCGGUCGUCUCUUAGCGUCAUAUCUUCUUCGGCGAACAGACCCAGUUCUUCUACAGAAAUCAGUUCUACAGCCAAAAUAAGGAGUGAAGUCCUCUCUCCAUUUCGAACUGUUCGGAUGUUCUUUUAUCUUGCUUUUGUUGCGAGUGGUGCAUUGGGUGGAUUAAUAGCUACAACACAACUAAUUGGUGCACUAUCAAAUUCGUUAAGAGCAUCUGAAGUACCUGACAUAUUGAAAGGACUUGGCAUAGACAUUGGAGCAGUAUCUAUAUUUGCAUUCCUGUAUUCUAGAGAAAACAAUGCUAAGAAUGCCCAACUAGCUAGGCUUUCGAGGGAAGAAAGCCUUUCAAAUCUCAAGCUUCGUGUGAAUGAAAAGAAGAUUAUAUCUGUCAGCUCCUUAAGAGGGUUAGCUCGUCUUGUAAUUUGUGCUGGCCCUGCAUCCCACAUUUUGGAGUCUUUUAAACGUAGUGAGCCAUUCACGCAGAACCUUUUGGACAGAGGGGUGCUUGUUGUGCCCUUAGCUAUGGAUGGAAAUUUACCUAGGUUUGAGUUUGAUGAGAAUGAGGAAAUGAAAGAGACUACUUCCAAAAGGAAGCGACUCUGGCAGCUCGUUCCUGUGUAUGUUAAUGAGUGGUCUGAAUGGCUAGAUGAGCAAAAGAAAUUGGCUGGCGUCUCCCCUGAGUCCUCCGUGUAUUUGUCACUACGCUUGGAUGGUCGUGUCCGUGGCAGUGGUGUUGGUUAUCCUCCUUGGAAUGCCUUUGUUGCACAGUUACCACCAGUAAAGGGGAUGUGGUCUGGUCUUCUUGAUGGCAUGGAUGGAAGAGUCCUUUGAAGAAAUUUUACUGUUCCCCCCCAGAUGAAAAGGUUAUAUUUUCUCUAACUAAAUUUUCAGCUUGUUCAAAAUUUUUUGAACUGGUGGAAAUUUAAUUCGCUUCUAUGUUGCAAAGAUCCUUGUUGAUUGAUUCAUAUAGUGUUUGCAUACUCAUCUUUCUCAUAAUAUUCAUAAGAUACCACUUUUA